AUGAAAUCCGCCCUCUUGACAGCCGCAACCCUCCUCGUCCUCCUCACACCCCUCUCCAUCCUGGCACAUCCAAAUCCAAACCCACCCACCGUCCUCCGGAAAUGCAUGCCCCUCCUCGGCGACAUCGGCGAAGACGAAGCAUGGUUCAUCGCGAACCUGCAUGUCAGAAAAAUGGAUUUAACGGGGGUGGAUGUGAUACAGCUGCCUAUGAGUGUCUCUGUUCUUGAGCAGCUUGUCUGCUAUUAG